UUUUUUUAAAGACUGUUUUAGGUUUAGAGAAGCUGGUCUUGUUUUUGCGGUAAAUAAAUGUCGUUAGGUGGUUUACGUCGCCUCUUUUUGGCCCUCGAAAACCUCGACAUUGUUCGAAGGAAGAAGAGAGAUGAAUGUUGUCCUCACCAUCAGCUCUGAUUCCGACAGUGAUGAAGACUGCUCGGAUGUGGAAUUUGUGGGCUCCUACCACAUCUCUGUCGCCGAGCCAAAGUCCACCAUGACUGUGCUUGAUGUCCAAGAUGCCACCAUCAACCCAUCUGUACUGACAGGGGAGAGAGAAGCAACAAAGGCUCUUCCAGAUGUGAAGUUGCAUGAAAGACGAACAAACGUCAAUGAGAACACUUUGAUGAAAAAGGCCAAACAAGAGGACAACGAACUAAAAAGAACAUGGAAACAUGACACUUCAAAUGAACUUGAUUUACAUAUGCAGAAAUCAUCUAAGCAGGGCACAAUACCAAAAAAACAUCCUUUUCUAGAAACGAGAGUGACAGAAGCCACAUUUUCAGGACAGAACGCUUCUCUUAGUUUAAGUGAAGAUGCCAUGCAGAGGUCAAUGUGUCCCGGACAACCGCACAGCGCUCAUGCAGAUGAAAUGGAUGACGCCGCAUUCACCCCUGCCUCAUGUUACACAAACAACAACCAAGAAGACCUGAUGUCCACAUGUGACCGUAAACAAGAUGGGAUUACCAUUUCGCAAAGAGCGACAGAGGACGUGAGUGAUAUUGAGUCAAACAGGUCUGAUCACCUGUCCCAGAGCGUUCCUGUUGACUCUCCUUGCUCCAUAUCGAAAAGUGAAGAUUUGGAUGGCUGUUGGGCAGGUGGCCGUGAAGCGGAGCUAGACAGUCCAACAUAUUUUAUGUGGCAAGGGGAGAGUGAUGGCGAAGGAACUGCUGAUGUUGAAUUCAGGGGGGCCAGUCAGGAUGAAAGGCAUUUUGUGUGCCCACGUGCAUGCCAGAUAUUAAUGGAUGGAUUAGCAAAUACUCUGAUGCAUGAGGAAAAUGUGAAAUGUGACAAAUCAAUAGUUGGGUGCCAGCAAAGACUCAGCCUAGUUUACAUCACCAUGGACGAGAACUACCACGAAGGCACGUUGCAGCUUUUGUCGGACCUCCUACAUCCUGGUUACUGUCUUCCCAAGGAUGUCACGUCCCACGUGCUAAGUGGCAUCCUGCUAGACGCACAGUGUCCACGUCAUCUUUGCGUGCGGGCCUGGAAUCUGCUGAUGAGGACACAAAGACACCACCUGGUGGAUAAAAAGACAGUGCCUUGGAGCUGGGAGAUGUUGACAGCAGUCAUGUCCACUCAGGAUGAGAAAGAAAAUCAUCGCCCCGAGGUGGUGCGCAUGCUCCUGGAGUAUAUUGUACAGACUUUGGAGGAUGACUUCUCUCACAAAAAGUCCACGUCUGAACUCCAUCACUCAAUCGCAAGAGCUACAUUGUCAUGCAAUCAGCACUUCCCGCAAGUACAGGAUGUCAUUAAGUGGUUGUUUUCUGCCAUUAUGAAAUCGACUGAAAGUGAAAAGCGUAAUGAAGCCGCCAGAGAAAAAGAUGAGCAUAUCAGAAUCGUGUCCAUUCUCCAGAGGAUGUUAUGUCUGGCUUUAGAGGUGGAUCGUUCUCCUGCACUCAGUGCAAUGAAAUUGUCCCAGGAGCUCUUUUUCACACUCAUUAGCAUCGAGCCCCUGCGAGCACACAGGGUCCUGCUGCUGGACAGCCUGCAGAAUCACCUGCUCAGAUGGAAGCUGCUGGAACAUCUACUGGACCAAGCGUGCCCACUGAAAAUGACUGUGCCCAUGUCGCUCAGUCGCUUGUUGCACUUUUUGGAGAACUGUACACUGGCUGCAGACCCAACGGAUGAUGGUGAACGUUGGAAGAAAUGGGAGGAAUUGGUUCAACACCUCUGGAUGUUGCUAGUCAGCUACAACACAACAAUGAAAGGAUAUCUGUACAGCUCGGUCAGCAAGGAAAUAAGCCGGCCGGGAUCCUGGGUCUACAAGACCGAUGAUAUGGUAACAAAGGCGGCCAUUUGUAAAUCUGUGGAGGCCUUCCUGUCCAGAUCCCAGGCAGACGUCGGCCAAGCCUUGCCGCCUCACGUGGAAGAGUCCCUCACUUAUUUACAGGACUUUCUGCUCGAUGUCUGUGAAUGUUAAAUGAGGAAACAGUGUUGAUUUUAGAAUAAGUAUUGCCAUUGGACUCUAUUUUCUCUAAGAAAGGUAUUUUUAUAACUACAAACAAAUAACUGUUUGCUCUUGUAAAUAAGUGAAAAGAUUGCAUUUGUAUUUAUCUUAAUUGAUUAAUUACGUUAUUUGGUCAUUAGGGCACAGUGUCCAUUUAUGAACAUUUCUGGCUGACAUUGUUUUGUUAGAUCGGGGAUAUGAAUUACAAAGACCAACCAUCCAUCCAUUUACUGAACUGCUUGAUCCUUACAAGGGUCGCGGGGCG